AUGAUGAAUGAUAUAUCGUGGGGACCAAUUAAGGAAACUGACGUGCAACAGUUUUGCGUGGAAAUGAUGAAACGGCUCGAUGUUCAACGAAGGAACGAUCAUUUCUGUGAUGUAAUUUUAGAAGUUGGCUGUGGUGACGAUCAAGCUCGCUUGAAAGCGCACAGAAUCGUUUUAUGUGCAGCAAGUCCGUUCUUCUACAAUGCUCUUAACAGCGAAAUGAAAGAAAAGAAAGAAGGAGUCAUCAGAUUAGAAAACACAAGCAAAGCUGUGAUGGAGGAAUUGUUAGAUUAUCUGUACACAGGAUAUGUUGACGUCACGCAACACAACGCGUUCGAUCUUCUAGAGGUAGCCGAUUUUUUGGUCAUUCCAUGUCUGAAAGAGACUUCAAGUAACUUUAUCGCACGAACAUUGUCUUCUUCAAACUGUAUUUUGGCAUAUUAUUCGGCUGCUAAGUAUCAGUGCAGAGAAUUGCAAAAAGAAGCGAGAGAUUUUAUCUGUACACACUUUACGAGUGUAAUUGAGCAGGAAGAUUUUUUGAACUUAAGCAAGGAAGAGCUGGAAGAGUGGAUUUCAAGUGAUGAAAUAAGAGUAAGGGGGGAAGAAGAAGUUUUCCAGGCUAUUGUCAAGUGGUGUGAAGAAAAAGAGUGCCGCCAACGUGAAAUAUUUUUCGAAUUAUUUCGUAACGUUCGUCUGAUGUACCUGUCACGCAACUAUGUUUUCAAGGAAAUCUUACCUCAUCCUUUGGUGAAAAAUGAUGAAAGAUGCACGUCAGUGGUCUUAGAUGCAAUGGAAGAUGUUUCAUCUGGCUCUGAAGACUGCUAUUUUGCCCAAGCACCAAGAAACUGCCUGAGGAUAGCUGAAGAUUGUCUUGUCAUCUCUAGCAGUAAAAGCACAAUCUCUUACCUUCCCACAGAAGGCAAGUUAUUUAAGCUUGCAGACCAGUCCAGUCAUAACUUUUCAUAUACCAUGUGUGCUUCUUAUGGCAAACUUUAUGUCAACAAUGCUUUUCAACAGUCAGUUGAGAGAUAUGAUCCAGUGGUGAACUCUUGGGUAUCUGUCACACCAUUAAGUGGUGGUUCAGUGCCACUCCGUAGUGUAGCUGUAGUUAAUUUCCAAGGGUUUUUGUAUGUGAUUGGUGGGAGAAUAGGAGAUGAGCAAGUAAACUGUGUACAUAGGUACAAUCCUGACACAAACCUGUGGCAGGAAGCUACACCCAUGAACAUUUCCAGAUCUUCACUGUCUGUUGCAGCUGACAAGGACACUAUGUAUGCAAUUGGAGGCCGGACAAAAGAUCAGUUACUGGAUGUUGCUGAAAGAUUUGACCCCAAAACAAACUCAUGGUGCAGAGUGGCUUCAAUUCUUGAAAAAAAAAGAUACUCUCCUGCUGCUAUUUUAAAGGGUAAAGUGUUUCUAUUUGGAGGCUGUACGAGCCCUCGAGCCUUAAAUGUAACUUCCAGGAAUAUUGAAAUGUAUGACCCAAUUACAAAUAUCUGGACAGCCAUUCAGAGUACAUCUGCACCAAAGCGCUUUUUAGGUGCCACAAGUUUUAAGGGAGCCAUUUAUGUUACAGGUUUGUGGAACCAAGAAAGUUCCAAUGUUUACCGGUAUUGCUUGAGGGUGUAUGAUGUUGACAAGAAUGAGUGGAAGCAUUGUGCAGAUAUUCCUCUUAACUCUCCUCGAGCUGUUUUGGCUCCUCUCAGAAUUUCAAGAGGAAUUUUAAACACUUGUAAAGUUUUAAUUUAAAGCACAGGUUGGAUAAUGUUUUGAAACAUGUACACUGCUGUAAACCACAAAUUGAUUAACCUGGCAAAAUGCUCAUUAAUUUUUUUAGGAGAACUUCCUUUCAUUGAGCUGUAAUUCAUUAAUGCAGCCCACAGCCACAUCUUAAGAUCCCAACCUGGAUUUCCUCUAAAAAAUUUACCUUGUUAAUACAGUCAAUAAGAGCAAAAAAAAUGUGUGUUUGAAAUGACAAACAAGUGGCAGAUGAAAAUUGAUAUAUUUCUGACAGUGUCUGCUGUAAAAACCUGUGAGCAAGAACCUGCAUUUUCCUUAGUUAGCCUAAACAGAUUCUUACAUAAAUGUUAAUUAGCACUAAAUAUUAUUUAGGCUACUCAGGUUCUUUUAAAAUGGGUUCUUCUUUUCUUAACAAAACAAAAAACAUUGCAGCUAAAAGUAAUUAGUGGUAUUCAGCUUAAUCCUUAUAUCAAAUCUACCUACUAAAUUAGUGAAGUCAGAGUCAUUAAGCACAUUUGUCUCCAAAGAGUAUCCUGAAUGUUAAUUUAUUCCAUUUGCCCAAGUGUGCAGAAUUUUAUUUUUAGAUUUAGAUAAUAGGAACCAGUUUCAAAUUUUAGGCUAAACAGGUUCUUGUAUAGAGGAGGCCUAACUGGCAACUUUUAGCCUAACAGGUUCUUAAAAACCAGGUUCUAACUUGUGGGUUUUUACCGUAGUCACUUACAGAUUUUGCAAUGUAACAGCCUGUGUGGUAGUCAUUUAAGAUGUUAAAUUUUGACAGUGAUGAGAAAAGGAACCAGUUGAGAAAAGGAUAUCACCAUACCCUGCUAAAAGACCUUUCCACAGUUUUUUUCAACUUUUGACGUGGACAAGUUAGGUAAAAUCCAUGGACUCCAAAGGACAGAGCACCUUUUAAUUAGAAAACUGCCAAGCUUGAAAGUGAUUUGUUGAAAACUAGCCAAUAUAUAGCUACAUCUACAUCUACAUCUACAUCUACAUUUAUUGAUUGACAAUGCUUUUGCGGCUCUUCAUAGUGGUGAAAAUUUACAGAUGAGGUGCCUCUUCCAUACAAAUGUCUGUAAAAUUUCACUAGAUUGCACAGCUAUAUAUGUACAUUUGCUCACUUAAGACAUAUCACUUUCAAACUUGGCAGUCUUACUUAUUUAAAGGGGCUCUUUCCAGUGGUUUUAAAAGAUUUUCUUUAACUUGUCCAUAUCAAAAGUUGAAAAACCAUGGAAGGGUCUACUGGCUGCCAAAUUUUAAUAGUUCAACAGUGGCCGUAUGAAUUGGGAAUUGAAUGUUGUCCUUAUGGUUACUUUUUGGUCAGGGUAAAGUUAGGUUGAAAUUUUCUGUGCUUUUUUUUUGUUGAUGCUUUUAGUACUGAUGAAAGAAGAAUCUAGUACUGUUUGCCUUUAUUAUUAACUAGUGUAAAAUAAUACCUUGGUAUCCAAUGCAGUUUCCUCUUUCUCCCCUGUAAAGGUCUCGGAGGCUAGGGAGAGGGAAAAAGACAGGUGCGCAUGGGACAAUGGGAAGGGAAAAGAGAAGAAGAGAGACAGCCAUUUUUUCUGUCUUCCCAUCAUCCACCGCGUGCUUACUAUUUUUAACCUGACUCUAUUUUCGUUUCGCUUUGUAAAUAACAUUCCGACAGGCAAGAAGAAUGUAAGACAACUGCUAAAAUUGGCCUGAUCUUGGGUUACGCAGUUUCUGUAACCGAAACUGCCUUUUUAUUUUUGUGAGAUUUAAUGAAUCAUUGCUCUACUGACGUGAAAUAUUCUCUACCUGUGGUUUCUACGAAUCGAAGCAACAGACGACUCGACAUUUUAAUCCUGCAACGCCGGGGUACACCAAGAAAAAAAACUGGUUAAUCAUUUUAUGAAGGGGAUAGCUUGAUUUGAUUUUUGUGGGGCUUGUCAGCGGCGACACGCGAAGCCAGCAGAGCCAAACAGUGCUAGAAAAUGAAAACAGACACCUUACUCAAAGACACACCAUUGGUGUUCUCGCAAUUACCAUGUCGGUUGUUAAACGAUCUGGGGGCUCCGAAACGCUAUUUUCAGCACUUGUCAUGAGGUGUGUUUCCGAAAAAUCGACUCGAAUAAGUGUGAAAAGUCAAGUGUGUUUUCAGUGCUUACAAGUGCUUAUUUCCGAGGUCCUGUUAAUUUAAAACACACCGUAUAUCCAAGCACUAGUACACUAAAUAUUUCACAAAACUGCACGAUGUUUGGCUAACUAACCUAUAAAAGAUGUCUCCACGGUUUGAUUUUCGUUCAUAAAUAUCCUUUGGCGUUGGCAUGUAGUUUGUUCAACGAUGAAUCAGCAUCAUUGCGAGGCCGCUAAGGCGUUCUUCUGUACGACGCAGAGCAGAGAGGGAUGGCUUUCACAAGAAACACUACCAACUGGUGUGCCAUUACGGGCACUCUCUGUAAAUUAGAGUGAACUUUGCAAAUAGGUUAUAGAUGAACGAGCUACAAAUUGUAGUAGCUGAGCGGUGGUAACCACAGUCUUUUUAAGAGCGAUCGCCAAGAAAAAUUGAGCAAAAUAAUUUUAAAAAAUCGCAAAAAGCACUUUUAUUUUAGAGAAAAUAUAUAACAAGAAAUUCAAAUUCUCUCUUCGGAGUAUAAAUUGCAGAUUACUUUUGGGACGGAUCGCUCAAUAUUGAAGGACGUAUGCCCGGGGGAAGCUCGAAUAAAAAAGUGACGUAGACGCUCGUCGGAAAAUUAAAAUUUUAAUUUUUAAUUUUAAUCAUGAAAAUGAUUUUUAUUGGCCGGGAUAUCAUGUGCUUUUUUAAAAAAAUAAUUGCAUUUUAAUUUGUAUAGUUAAUAACAGACACGAAAAACAUGACUACAACAACAAAUUUUGACAGCGCGGGCGGUUUUAGAUCAUUCAACAUGAUUCAACAGAUUGGCUGAAACAGACUACCACCUUUGUCAAAUUCAAACUUUUUCAAGACCAACGCUUUCAAAAUCAUUCAGCUAAGAACUUGGAAAUGUGCAAGGAUUGAUUUCACACCAGCCUGUUAAAGAUAGCUCGGUUUACAAUAAUGAGCAAAACUAAGGGUUUAUAGAAUCAUCCUCGAUUAUAAAAGCGUUUACAAAAGAUUCCCGCUUUUCAAGAUUCCCCGUUUUAAAGAUUCUCCAUUUUAAAGAUUCCUCGCCGUUUUAAAAAUUCCCGCAUUUAAAGAUUCCCGCUUUUGAAGAUUCCCCACUUUAAAGAUUCCCCGUUCCCUGUUGCCCGUUCCCCAUUCCCAUUCCCAUUCCCAUUCCCCGAUUCCCCGUUCCUUGUUUUAAAGAUAGCCGCUACUUUCGAAGGGUCAUUAUCUUUUUGGGGUCGCUACUUUUUGGGAUUUGCAUGCGAACUUUUCUCGCUUCUUUUGGAGGGUUGCUACUUUCAGGGGGUUGUUACUUUUGGAACUUUUCGGUACAUUUUAUUUUUUUUGAGAAAAUUCCGUUUAAUUCAGCCAUAAUUCAGUAAUGCAGCCCAAAGCACAUCUUAAAAUUCCAACAUGGAUUUUCUUCACAAAUUUACCUUGUUAAUGCAGGUAAUAAGAGCAAAAUAUGCAUUUGAAAGGACAAACAAGUGGCAAAUGAAAAUUGAUAUAUUCUGACAAUGUCUGUUAAGCCUCUUAUUGUUCACUACAUGUACCAUUAAUACAGUGAAAACCUGCAUUUUCCUGAGUUUAUAGCCUAAACGGGUUCUUACAUAAAUGGUAAUUAGCACAAAUAUUGGCUGUUUAGAAUCUUAAAUAGAGUCUUAUUUUCUUAAGAAAAAGAACAUACAUUGUAGCUAAGAGUAUUACUGUCAGUGGUACAUGUAUUCAGGUGAAUCCUUAUCUAAAAUUUGCGUACUAUAUUAGUAUUACUGUUUGGUCAUAGUUAAAUCAGGUCAAAAUUUUCUGUGCUUUUGUUGAUUGAUGCUUUUAGUGUUGGUUAAAGAAUAUUCCAGUACUGUUUUCCUCUUUAUUAACUAGUGUAAAAUAAUACCUUGGUGUUCAAUGCAGUUCCCUCUUUCUCUCCAGGGAAAGGUCUCUUUGUGUCACAGGGAGGCUGGGGAGAGGGAAAAAGAAAGACACGCACGGGAUGAUGGGAAGGGAAAAGAGAAGAAGAGAGGCAGACAUUCUUUUUCUCUUCCCAUCAUCCACCGCGCGCUUUCUAUGUUUUAAUCAUUGCUAUUUUUAUUGAAAUGAAAGCGGGAGCUAGACUCUAAAAAAAGUCCUUCGUGCGAUUUAACUUGUGGCAAGUCUAAGGAGAAGGAGAGAGAAGGCAGUUUCUAUCAUGAAACUGCCGUUUUAUUUUUUGAAAUUUGAUUAAUCGAUUUCUGCUCACACCGUAUCGAGGCAACAGACGGCUCGACAUACUAAUGUCACAAUGCCAGGGUACAUCAAGAAAAACUGGCACAUCAUUUUAUUAAGGCGAUAUCGCCGGAUUUGAUUUUUGUCCGACCGGUUGAGGCAACAAACCCCGGGGGAUGGGGGUGGGGGGUGCUUGGGUUAAUUUUUGCUGGGUACGUGCCGCUGGCCUGUCUGGCCGUACUGUUUGUUCACUCACAGGUAAAAAGGGUAAUCCUGACUCUUAGUUGAUGCAUUCACUUUUCACCAUUAUACGUGCCGUUGCGUCGACACACCUCGCUUAGUAGGGGGGCAGGUCUAUUCUAUGGCCAAUUAUAGACCCUAUCUUAGUCACUUUUGGGCAAAUACUGUAUGUCAUUUUCGUUUUCGCGAUCCCAACUUAGUCACUUUCUAUUUUUAUGAAUUGACCCAUUUUUUAGACUGAAUGAAGAACACUUCAGUUUUCGUCUACAGUACAAACAUUCUGGCACGUUUGCUAACCGUAAAUAAGAAGAACCGUCUUAACCCCCAAAAAACGAAAAUGAGCGACCCCAUUUUGGUAACUCCAUUGCAAAUGCGACCCCGUUAUAGUAGAGCUCGACAGUUCCCCACAUUCGAGAAAUGCAAAACUGAAAACAGACGCCUUACUCAGAGACACACCAUUGGUGUUCUUGCAACCGUACCAUGUCGGUUGUUAGAUGAUAGGUAAUCCCUGUUUUAACCCGAUUACCUGACUUAAGUAUGAAAAAAUGCUGCGUUUAUUAGCUAAAGUAUAUCCACACCCCGAAAGAUAAAGUUAACGUGGUCAGAUAGUUUAGUGAAAUCUCGGCUUUGUUUCCCACGUGUAAUUCUACAACGAUUCGUGGAUAAAAGAGAGGAGUUAGAGAGGAGACUUACGCCCGCUUUAGUGACUAAAACUGUAUACAUUCGUUUAGAAUAUUUAACUUAACCCUUGAAAUAGAUGGUAGACUACUACGGAGUAUUACGCUCCAAUUUUACUGUUUUGUUUUGUUUACUCCUAACUGUUUGGUACUAAUUGUUACGUACUGUUUGUUCACGUACGGGUAAAGUGUAAUCCUGACUCUAAGUAGCCUCACACGCAGGCGUUUUUAGGGAUCGAGAGCUCGUUUUUCAUCCCUCCCCACAAACGCCUGCUUAACCGAAAACCACAUUCACUUUUCACCAUUAUACGUGCCGUUCUAAGAUCUUACUAAACAAAGAUUAUUCUAAAAAUGCUGCGUUUUAUUAGCUAAGUUAACAUCUACAACCAGAUACAAGACAGGUCCGGGUCCGGUGUAGUAUGAUAUUUUUGGAAAUCAUAUUUUGUUCACGUUCACGAUUCGUGGACACCAAGUUGCUAUAAACAAAUAAGAAUUUAUGCACUUUUACUACAAAUUGAAUCAUCAAACAUAUCGUAUUUUAGAAUCAAAUAGAACAAUCAAACAAAAAAGAGGAAGAAGGUAAGAGAAAAAGGAGACCUGACGACAGGAAAUUCGUGGCUGGUACGGUAAACCCAGCCAGUUUAACGCAACCGCCGCUCGGUAGGAAGCUGAGCUUGACGAGAGUGCCAGACCGAUCGAGUUUCGCGAGGGUUUGCAAAUUAAAUAAUCAGAUCCAUCGUUGUUUGGCAAGAUUCAGUAAAAGUGUACUUACUCUGGGCCUUAAACUAGUACUCUUACAUUCCGGCCCUAUAGUGGCUAAAGAAAAUUCCAAAUUCCUUUUUGUAAAAUCAAUAGAUUUAAACAGUGCUAUUCGAAAGUUAUGACAAAUUUAAGAGGUUUUGCUUCAGUAUAUGGUGACAUCAUAUGAUUUCGGCCACAGAUUAAUACGUUUGAGUUACAAAAUCCGAAAAUUGUUCUAGGAAUAAAAGGGAUAAUAUUUCCUGUGACACUCUUAAUCAUUCAUGCAUGGGCAAACAAACGCAUCACAACAAUACCAUACCAAUGGUAGAGUUUACGUUGUAUUAUCAGUGUACUAUUUUAGGUCUAUUGGCUUUAUUGGUUUUAUUGGCUUAAACAAUGACAAAUAAUAUUGCUCUAAUUAUAUUAAUAGUCAACUUCGCGGAAGGAAAACUGACAUGACCUAACAUGGUCAGGUCGACGGGCGGUCACGUCUCCUCCUUUGAAAGGUUCUCGCGACCCUGGAAUCUAAUCAACACUACUUUGCCCCGAAAACUGAGAAUUUUUCUUAGUGGAAAAAAGUAGGUUUCUGAAACACCGAAAAGACACAAAGGUACGUCAAAGAUACACAUGUAGUUGUGUAUCCUCGUGUAUGACUCAUUCAAGACUCGUUUCAGAUGAAACACAUUCCGUAAUCACGAAACGCCCUAGAAAAACCCAGAACUCUUGCGCGUGAGCCACGCUUCCGACCACUUCCGACUUCUAGUUCUAACGAUUUACUGUCACUGAAAGCCAAUGCUCACGUACUAGAAAGAAUAAAAAGAGAAGUCUGACGAUCGUUCAUUAUAUUGCACCUGGCACUGAUUGAGGAGCCGAGACCGUACGGAAGAUUUACUGAGUAACAGAAAAAGGUGAGUAUCCCGUGAGUAUAUGUAAUGACAGGUUUUCUGUCUUUGAAAUAUGCUAGCUAGUUUCUGUUCGAUGCGGCUCACGUGGCUCCUCGUUAUACAUUUUUGCGAACACUAACGCCCAUAUGUUGCCGAUACCGUCUCGGAUAGAAAAACUCGAGUUCUGCGAUUAUUUUUAUUGGCAAAGUUUGGUUCUGAUUAGUAGUUGUCCUCUGAGAAACUAAGAGACAAUGCCUUUAUCCCGUAAACCCUUACACUCUGGUGAAAAAAGGCGAAUCUUUGCAGACAAGUUAUGCUACAGAAGGAAUCACUGUAUACAUAAAUUUAAGUUUUAAAAUUUAAAGAGCUGGUUAGCUUGAGCAAUUUAUAUUUAAGGAAAUAGCAGUCGCAGAAACAAUUUCGAAAUUGCUGGAUGGCAAAGAUAAAUGAGGCCAUACGUUAGAAAAAUUUCGAGUUUUUAAAAGAGAAUUUCUUCGGAAUACUACUUUUCCAAAAUUAUUAUUUCAGUGGAAUCUUGGUUUUUCACUUGGAAAAUGCAAAUUGGUUCAAAUUACACGAUCAGGAGUAGACUGCAAAACAGUCGGUUUUUUUCUCAAAAUCGGUUUAGCGUAAUAGAGCGUCUCUCCACAGUCUCGCUCUCUGUUUUCAGCCUCGCUCCAGACCUUUUGUUUGACUGUUCGAGCGUAGUUGAGUACGCAAAAAUACGGACUGUUUUAGUAAUAAUAAUAAUAAUAGCUAGUAGUAAUGAUAGAUUAAUGAGUGCGUUCGAGUUUUCUUAGCUCCAGAUUAGCUUUUGCGUCGUCAAGCAUUAUUUCAAAAUCAUGGAAGAGCAUGAAUUAAAAAGUAAACUUUCUUUUCGUAAAAAAACUCGGAUUCAAAAUAUCUCACUCAUUAACUCUUUACUCUUAACAUGCCUUACUCUCCCUCAAGCAUGGUCGAUAAAAAUGUAAAGUAAAUCGUUAAAAGUUCUAUGUUGUUAAAAUGAUAAACAUGUCACAACAAACUUCGAGAAAAUGGUAGCCUCGAAGGUUAAAAAGUCCUGGCUUCUUGCGUGACACAACUUGAAGUGAAAACAAUGAUUAUGGAAGCGACAGAAACAUAUUAGGUUUUUGCUAGAUUCGUGAUGUCAGAGAACCGGACAGAAUCUUUUGCCAUUGUGCAAACUUUUCAUCUCAUGAUCAUUUUAAGUUCACGUAGGUCAGUUUAACAUGUUUUAAACUUAGCUUGCUUCAGCGAGCGAGAUACUUAUCAUGCAAAAUGGCCCGCGCGUAGUUAUAUCAGACGUGAAUAAAGCAUUCCAGUUGUAACAACCUGCACUGAUACGCGGAUAAAAUUCUUCAAGCUUACUUUAUCCCAGAAUAUUUUUCGUGCAUGUAAGAGAUUAAACUACAAAUACGUAAAUAGACUCAAACGCACGGGUAAACUUCUCACGGCACAAAUGUUACCUGGUCUUUAUUUGUGUCUUUCUACGAAGUUCAAGCUCGAUUUGAACGGCAUUGACCGAAAAAAGUGUAACAGAGUCAUCAGCUCAGUGAUAAAAACCGCUUAGAAAAAAACUCCAAAGUUCAUUCUUUUACCGAAUACAAAUAUUUCCGUGUAAUCAUCUUGUUGACCUCGAUCCAUGGAACCAGAGUGAUGCACGUGAUUGAUAUUUUCGCUUAUGACAAUUGCUUAUGGCGUAAAUAACGCGAGCUAAAUUAUUCAAAAUGGCGCAGAAAAUGCAGACGUACGACGAAACACGCUUACUGAAAAGGUCACCCUCGAGUACCACAGGAAUUCCAACUGAGUACCACAGGAAUCCCAAGAUUAUGUCUUGCGAAGAUAAUAAUAAUAAUUAUCACAUUUUAAAAAUAUUUCAGCCCAAACUUUCUUGAUCUCUUUCAAACUAGUAAAACAAUAUUGUAGAAACUGUAUUAAACAACGCAUUUAUGGCGGCUCCUCAUUGCCUAGCUAACAGUAAAUUUAUUUUCUCAGCUUCAGCUAAUAAUGAAUCGCUUGGUGAUUAUAUUGGUAGUUGCUCUUGCCGUGACCAUGUGUUCUGUACCAAGUGAAGGUAAUAUUGAAUUUCUUGUUUUGAUUCAGUUUAAUUAGUUUAAAUUUCGGGUGUUUCUUUGUGUUGGGAAACCAUUGUUGCCCGAGGGGGGUACUGCCACAUAUGGUCUAUAUAGGUAUGUGCCGCUGUGAAGGGUAUGGUUUUCAAGCAGUUUACUCUAGGAUAGGGUAUAUAAAUCAGAGCGUUUGGGUCUAUAAUAGGGUAUCAUUUUUCAGGAAACUGAUCAGUUGGUUGAAGAGUUUAUCUAGACUAGGGAUUGUGGUACUGAUUAGGUUUUGUUUUGGCUAGACUGUGCUAGUGACCUCAGUGGUUUCUGGAAAACAGCUACUCUAGGAUAGGGGGGAUUUGGGGAGUUUACUCUAGCAUAGGGUAGCAAAAUUCAUCUGAACUAGCUCUAGUAUAGGUUAAGGGUUCCAGGAUCCCAGCGGCACAUCCCCACCCAGAAAUUCCUAAAGUACCCCCUCCUCCCAGGCAUUGUUGGUUCGCUUUUGUGUCGUGGUACGGGUAUUGUUCUGCGUGUUUUCAGUCUUUUGCAUUACGUCAUUUCGUGAUCAAACCCAUCCGCAAUACCAGGAGCCCAUAGGCUCCUGGCAAUACCCAGAAGCUACCAAAUUUUCAGAUUUGUUUCUUAAACUCAUUAAUAAUUCAUGAAGAAAGUAGCCCUCGUAGCUGACGGGAUUAUUAAAUGCGCGGGGUCGUCAGCCUCAUUCACGAUCACCCUCGGGGAUGUCUGAUGUGACGUCACCUGUUAAAGUCUAUCGAUUGGUUCCAACCUUUUUCCACUCACUCAGAACUAGCCUGGAGACGAGGCUGGCGGGGGAUGCUUUCCGUUGGAGGGAUUUAGCGGUUCCGCCACCAAAACUCAACAGCAAUCGAAAAGAUCGGAAGACGACAAAGAAUUCGAAAUCCCGUGCCUGAAAUCGAUAACUCCAGACUACCUUAGAUUAGGACCAUGAUUAGGACCUAAUCCAAACAAGGUUGUGAUUGGCUGGGAAAACAAUAUGGAUGGUGACAUAACAAUGCCCAUAUCCCUGAAAAUAAUAGGUAGUGCAGGUUAUAGGGACCGAUGAAAUAUCAGGUUUGCAUGGGUGCGGGUCAAUCGUUAGAUUAACCUACGGUACAUAAGGCGAUUCAUGAUAGGUAGACUUUCUUAUCACUUUCACCAGAAGCCCGAUCUCGCGCGGCCACGUCCCUUAGGUCAGCCAAAGGACCCCAAGGUACAAACUGUGCUGACUUAUGCAGUAACUGUCCCAAUUCCUGUGUCUGUGACUGCUCCGGUGGUGAAUGUUCAGUGGCUCACUGUUCCUAGUUCUUCCUCUUUGAUAUUUCAAUCUGGACGUGCAGGAGGACAAUUUAGACUGAUAUAAUAAAAGAAAAUGUAAAGCUGAUGAAACGGAGGAUGUUCAGUAGAUAUGAUGUAAAACUUGUUCUAUAUAUAAUUUUGUACCUUGUCAGAGCACUGGAAACAACUGUAUAAACAGGAUGAUGUUUUUUUUAAAUUUUUGCACCGAGUUGGAUCUUCUUGUCACAUUAAAAUAUAGAAAACCAUUUACAACGAACGCUUGAUUUUUCCUACCGUCUAUAAAGUGUACACAAUUAACUGCACAUGCGCCUUUCAUUUUGGCCGCAUUUCCGCUCAUUUCCUUUUUUUGUGGAGCAUAUAAAAACGUGACAGGGGCACCCAACGUCAAUUUUCGGAAAACAUCUGUUUGGAAGACGAUUUGAGAUCUAGAAUUUUCGGGACAUUUGUUGUAAAAUUUCUUGCUUCCCUACCUCUCCUAGGAUUUUCGAACAUCUAAAAAACGGCAUAAUUGCCCAUUUUUAACGAAGUUUUACCCCAAAAAGGUCACCUAGAAUUUUCUGGAGCCUUUUUUCUGGCUGAAAUUUUCGGAAAGGUAAGUUUUGACCCCUAUAAUUUUCGGAUCUCUAGACUUUCAGCUAGGAAAUCCAAACAGAUGAAAAAUUUUUAGGGCCGGGAUAAAAAUAUGCCUAUAGCUACCGUUUAAAUACUAAAAUACGUUUAACAAUGCUAUGUUUAAGUGGUUUUGAACUAUAUUCCCGUUGGGUGCCCCUGACGUGAUGGUGACUUUUACUUUCUGGCUAUUUAUCAAAGUUACUGUGUAUUUUCCCUUCUCUUUUCGCAAAAAAUUUCAACAAAGCACGAUAUAACAGCUACGAAAAUCUCGGCCUACCAGUUUUUAGCACUGAAGGUUCCAGUCUUGAGGAGAAAUAAAGCCACCAACUCCAGUAUUUCAACCGAUCCAUUUUCAGCUGCAACGAAAACCCUUGUAUUAGGUAAUUUAUUCAAGUUUGAAAGAUUUGCCAUCACAUUCGCACGGGCAUUUUGCCAUUGGGAAUUAUGAAAAGAAUAAGACAAUUGUCAUAUUUUCUUCAUCUUUAUCCCCAAGUGGCAAACUUCCUGUGCGACGGUCAAGUCUAAAAACCUUGAAUAAAUUACCAAGUACAAGGGCUUUCAGUGCAGCUGAAAAAUGGACGGUUAGAAGUACUGGAGUUAGUGUCUAUAUAUUUCUCCUCAAAACGGAAACCAAACCUGCAACGCUAAUAUACUAAAUGCGGGGCAAGAUUAAAAAAAUUCUAUUUAUCAAACUUACUUUGUAUUUGUCCCUCUCUUGCCUUGUUAAGACAGGUUUCGAAAACAGAAGUUUUUUAAUCUUGCCCCGCAUUCAGCAAAAAGUUGUUCUUCUUGUAUUACGAACUGUAUUCGCCGUAGGUUUCUGAUUAUGAAGCUUUGGGCAAGAAUACACUUGCAGAUAGUUACAUCAACUUUCACAAACGUGUUAUUGUUGCAUUUUAAGGUUAAAUUCGACCAGCUAUUUGCGCAGCGAGUUUUACUACGGUCGCGAUUGACUUCAAACUUGCAGAUAUAAAACUAGAAAGCUCUGAGAGUUGUUUGCCGCAGUUAGAGAAUAUUUGUCUCAGGGUUUUUGAAAGUAUUGACUUUUAUUUGUAAAAAUGCAGUUUUAAACAUAUGCAGAUAUAUCAAAUGUUUUUAACCUACAAGAAAAUAAAAAACGUUUUCUUAAAGUUUGACCGUUCUUUAUUAAGGAUGCCAAAAAUCAUGGAAAUCGGUUAAAUUAUUCCUGCCGAAAAACGUGAUUCAAAAACAUAACCAACGCGCAUACAGCUGUUUCGAGAAAGGUUGUCGGGAAAAGUGCACGCGACAGUCCUGAAAGGCAUUGUGGGUGGUUUUGAGUUCUCUUUUUUUCAAAGGAAUUUGAAAGAAUUGGUAGGAAAGGCCAUGGAAAUGUGUUUGCGAGUGCUAAAGGAAAGCUACAGAAGUAGGUUCGACAGCUACAGUCGUCAGGAACAGUGUAUUGAUCAUAUCCCAUAUUACCUUUCGGGAUUGUCGCGUGCACUUUUUCCGACAACCUUUCUCGAAAUAGCUGUAUAAAUAGGACUGGUUUGGGCCACCUUAAACUCACUGGAACUUGUUUUGUUCUCGAAAUGUAGAGGCUGUUUGACCACUCACAACAAAUAACCGCUGGUGUCCGGCGGCGCGGAUAUUGGCAAUCUUUCCUAUGAAAAAGGCGCACAUCUCAUUAGCAAGUUGCUGUUUAUCCUUGCGAGUGCCACUGAAUAGAAGUGCUUGUAAUAACGUGUGUGCAUGUGUACUGAGAUCAUUAAUUACCAAUAUUGGUAAUGAGAUCACUAUAAUAGUCCUGACGAGCUCUCUGUAUAAGAAAGAUCGGAUAGUUUUCUCCUUCUCGGUCCUUCUCUUGAACAGAAUGACGUGUUAUGUAUGACUCAUACAUACGCCAUUUAAAAACGCAUUUCCUGCAGAAGCCCACACAGCACUCGAGCGCGCCGCGCCAGCUACGCAGGCUAGCCACUUCCGACAACUUGCUCUCAGGAUCUGCAGUCAUUAAAAGCAAUGCUCACGUACUAGAGAGAAUAAAAGACAGAGGGUUUUUCGAGAGUUUAACACAUUGCUAACGCUGAGCGAUCGCGGAGAAGGCCGACAACGCCUAUUUAGAAAGAGACGUACGCAAGGUUUAGUAAGUAACAGGUGACCAUACAAUACCUGGCUUUCUCCUUUUACCUACAAGUUUUGGUUUAAUGCGGGUUUUUGCCAAUAGACCUCUUGAGCUGGUAUGUUCUGUUGUCCCAAUGUAGGUCAUGUGAUAAUACUCUAGAGAACUGCUUCUUUCGCAUUAAUUUGUGAAAGGACAAAGGUGUACAUUUCCCUGCGACCUUAAUUGGGACAACAAAACAUACAAGUUAAAGAGGUCUAUAGACCUUAUUCACGAUAGCCACCGUCUUUGCAUCUUUGCAGGAGCGAUCUGUAAAUCGCCACUAUUAUCUGAUGAGGACCUGUAGUGUGCGGUCGAAAAGUCGCGAUCAAUAUCAAAGUAACAAUCAUGAGACAAACGAUAAACUAAACCCUUUAUACACAUUAUCCACGAUGAUCAAUGUCUUUCAUGACAAGCAACAUCGCGUGAUUUCUUGAGAAGCAACAACCGACAAAAGCUGCUAAUACAACCAAUUGCGGGAUUCAAGUUUUCUACGCAUGACAACAUAGAUAAGAAACGUUUUUAAAAUCUUGAGGAUGAUUAUCAACUCUGACGUGGAAAAUCAAUUUAUACACAUUUUCAGCUUCAGUUAAUGAUGAAUCGUAUGGUGAUUUUGUUGGCAGUUGCUGUUGUCAUGGCUAUGUGUUCUGUACCAAGUGAAGGUAACAAGAAUUUCUUCAUAUUUUUUUUUUAUCCACACAUAAUUCAUGAAGGAAGAAAGAGCAAAAUCACUACCUUAAAAAAUUUUUGAUAUUGGAUUUUAAUUAGCACAAAAUUCAAAAUUAUUAUUCUUUUGAAGAACUACAUCAGACACUUCACUUAGUGUUUCAAACUCAUUCGAGACAAUGCAAAGUCGUUCGAAAGAACUCGACUGCUCCUCUACCCAGUUCCUGGUGGUUGGACAUUGUUUAAGCACACUCUCACGUGUUUUAUAUAUAGAGUGUUUUCACUCACGUGGCCAGCAUCUAUGCAAAUUUAUUGGAACAAAAGAAAUCGUUUGCAUAAGAAAAGAGUACAACUCCCGCGGGAUUGGUUUGGGACACCAACAUGGCCGCCGUGACGUCAUGUGAAAACACUCCAUUCUACUUACUAGAAAUAUGUGAAUCGCAUGUACGAAACUCGCGAAGCAGAGAAUAUUAGACGGCCUGUACUAUGAAUAAAUUGCCUGCGUUGCAGACGUUCUAAACCUUCUGUACAGAAUAUACAAAUGGUUUUGACGAGUGCAUGGGCCGGCUGCAACGUAGGCUAUGAAUAAAAGUAGCCAAUAGCAUAGGCAGUUAUGGAGCACGUGCAAAUGCUCCGUAAAAUGUGAAAAUAUGACUUGUUACGUACAAUACAAUACAAUACAAUACAAUACAAAUUUUAUUGUCAACUCCCCAUGGGGGCUUUUCAGAGACAAAUAUUAAUAGUACGGGUAAUCAAAAAAACAAACAAACAAAAAAAUACCCAAGAAUUGUCAAUACACAAUUAUUAAGAAACUGUUUGCAUAUAGACUUACGACAUCACAAAUUGAUUAUCAAUAAACUAUUAAGAAACUAUUUACAUAUAAAUUUAUGACAUUACUUCGUAGCGGUUGGUGCAAUGGCAGCAAAGAAGUGUAACAAAAAGUGUGCAAAGUUGCUGUUAUUCGUAUUAAACAUACUGCUUUUAACUGUUCCCCGCGUUCCCGCCGUCGUCGCUUACACUCCCUAACCGAAUACUCGGCAAAGAAUCUACCUUCAGUUGCAGUUAGGUUAACUCUGAGAAACAAAGUGUUCAAAACCAUUUGCGUUAUCCGUUUCCUUUUAAAAAUAGGGUGUCCAUUUUCAAUUUAUUCCCUUUAAAUAGAGUUAGGGUUUGAAAACCUCUGUAAAACGCACCAACCAUAAAAUAGCUCUUUUUCAAAAAUACCAUUAAAAUUAUAGUUUUUUACUCUUUUUCCCAAGAGAAAUUGAGAACAAAGAUUAUAACAAAAAGUAUCAUGGUAUUUUUGAAAAAGGUCUAUUAUCUCGAGUAAUCUCCAGGGGCUUUCAUGAACAGGUAAUCCUUUUUAUCUCUUUCACCAGGAGGACCAGGAGCCCGGUCUGCCCGCUCUGCCAUCGCCACAGCCCAUAACACAGCGAGAGGACAAAAUUCAAACAACACCUCGUUGUUCGUAUUUAAGCCACGUACAAUUAGAAUAUGAAAGAAUCAAACAAUUACGGCUCCUGUUGCAAAGCGGUGUCGAUCGACUAUCGUCGACAAAAUUUUUCUGUAUGUGUCGAUUUGCAAUUUUGGACGUUGGAUAUUUCAUGUUUUUUAUUUUUUACAGAACUAAGGGUAGUACCUUCCGGCAAGUGCCAACGAGGCGAAUUCGUUUAUCUUUUGUAGAAUGUGCCUAUCCAGAGAUUUGUUACAUAAUUUCAGAGGUUUACAAUGGAUUUCGCUAUAGAAAAGGAUUGCACUCAACUUUAGAAAAAAACCUUGGCUAUAUUCUAGGCUUUCACUUCUAUUAAAAAAUAACAAUAUGACUUGAAGCUUUGUUGUCUUUGUUGGUAAAUUGGUGCAAGUUAGCACUCAUAUUUUGUGGAAAUUCAAAAUCAUAAACGUUAGAAAGUAAAAUAUUGUUCAAGUGAGGCCUUGACUGCUAAAAUUAAAAUUAAAUUCCGAGCUUUUACAGAUCAACGGCAUCAUAAGGGAUAAGAAAAAUAUUCCGCAUGGUAAUAUACAUAUGAAAAAAUUGGUGUAAGCAAACUGUGUGAAAAGCGCAAGAAUGGUGCGGAAUAGACCUAUUCGGCUAACUCAAUGUUGUACCCGAUUCAAACCCUUUGGGAGUAAAACGUUCUGUUUCAGGAAUUUCCAUAUCAUUUAAAUGUGAAUGCCACGUUAUAAUGCAAAUGCAAUACACAAAGAAUCUUAUCCCCGGGAGAUUUGAAUUGGGUACAACAUUGAGUUAGCCGUAUAGGUCUAUGUAUCCGGAGGUAUAAAAAUUUAAAACUUGAAUAAAAUACAAAGAUCUAAUGAGUUAGAGGCACAGGACAAAGAGUCUCACGAAAGGAAAAAUGAUUCGUAAUGAUGGUCUUUAAAACAAAAGGUCCGCAAAUUCGUUGCAUUCGUCAUGGUAGUUUAGGGCUGUCUUCAAUAUAAUCGAGCUGCAAAAAGACACGCAGGUUGACAAAAAUCUCUCCAAAGGCAAAAAUAACUUCUAAAAAACAAAAAGUCCUCAAAUGCGUUGCAUUCCUCACGGGAGGUGAGGACUGUGGCUCAAUGUAAAUCGAAAUGCGAAGAUCACGCUGCUUCUGAUAAACUUUUUGAUAAUACAACCCUAUUCCUUGAUUAAGUACCGCAUAAAAUUCAACGUACAAAACCCUGGUUCUGAGUCGAGAAACGAACACGCUACCUCAAUGGAGUAACUCGAGCUGCGAAGAACAAGGUUUUGACAAAAAUUGGAGCGUAAAAGCCUAUUCCUAUAGCUGCUGCUUUAAACGCAAUUUAUAAAGCAAACCAGAGCCCUAAUAGCCCUCUCAAAGUAGAAAUAAUCGUAUUAAAGCUUGCUCACCUGUUAGGGCGUCUUAAACAGAAACGAACAAGACGAACAGCCACGAGUUGCAGACAUGGAUCACCCAAAUUCGAGCCACGAGUUGUAAAUACAUGAUCAUGACGUCACUGCCCAAAUAUGGGGUCUUACUUACACCCAAAUAUGGUCAAAAAUACAAGCUCGGUUUGCAUUUAUUUUACCCCCUUUCACCUUUCUCCAUCAGAGCUCCGAUUUACGGGUACGGUACCAUUAUUUAAGAGCAGUUGUCUGUAAGAUUCGAGCUAUAUUAAAAAGGCGCUGCCACCCUAUCUCACCGAAUUGGCUAAAAAUUGGCAUGUAGACUUGAUUUGAGGUCUUUAAUAAGGAAUAGGUAACUUUAGGUUCUAAUUCCUCCUACCCGACAUCCCACCGGCGCCAAUUGGUUAAUAGAAGCUGCUUUUGAGCCUUCGACUACAACCCUGUCUUCAAAGCUAAUCUUCCUUGCCAAUACAGAUUGAAAGAACAAUCCCUCUUUAUUGUAUUUUUAGAAACUAAUUCGAAAUUGAUAACGGUUUCGUUUAAACUUUUGGGUAGGUACACCCGCAAAAAAUUAACAGAAUUUUAAAGGCGCAUAUCUUUUUGCCACAUCGCAUUGAAGCUGCCUGACGUUUGCAAAAUUAAAAAAUUGGGCAAAUUUAACGGAGCAGAAACAAAAGUAAUGAAUGGAAGAUCAAACUUUUGCUAAUCAAUUACCCAGGUGUUGCCAAAUUACAAUCGAUAAUAGAGUUUCUGUCAUUAAAUCACCAAUUAGCCUCUGAAUAUAAUCGAUAACUCUGCUAAAAAGGCAGAUUGUAUAAGGAAAAGGAAAAUGAAUUUGUUAUGUUUAUGCCUAAACAAAAUUCAACCAUCACAGUCGAACUGGAAUUUUCUAUUUUUCUCCAGUUCCUUUACCGAAACCAGAGCUUUUAAAAUUAACCAUAGUAAUGAAAAUUGAGAUGUAUUACUUAGACGAAAAGUUGCCAGUUUCAACCUUGAUCGAAAAAAAGUAAUAUUUUCCCACGCAUAUCGCGGGUCAUCACGUUCCUUGCCUGGCGUUAAAAACCGCCUGGUUUCAAAACAACUGCUGAAGAAUCCGUGAAAAUCUUGUAGCCAGCAAUAAAAAUAAUGGAAGUUGAUAUAAGUUAUCAUUAUUAGUGAGCGAGGAUCGAUGCGAUUUUCCAGCUACGUCAGCGUUUGAAGAUUUACUCAAAACUCAUGAGACAUGAGCCUUGAAAUAGGUUUUAAAAUUGGGCGUUGGCAAAAGUUGAAUAUUAAACACCGUUAACAACGGUUCCGUGUAAAAUUUUGUCUCCUGAGGAGAUUCUUGAUAAACAACGUUAAGAAGAAUGAGGAUGAGCCCGGGAGAGCAAAACCACAGUCACCCCACCGAAGGGCUUUAAAACUUUGCCUCACCCUAGGGACAAUUCCAGAUUUUUGUUUCCUUGAAAAAGCCGCUAGACAAUGCAUGGACAACUCAAGACAGGCCAUUCAAAAUAAAGAAACAGCAAAGAAAAUUCAGUUAGAGACAGAAAGUGUUUAUCCGAUUUAAGGAGUGAUUGAAGAUGUGUCUGCAGUUUAAAGUAAAAUCAUUUACCAUGCUCACGGACCUUUCGACAACAUAAGUUAUUUAAAUCCGUGGUAAAAACGAACGCUUUUUACUGUAACGAUGACGUCAUCAUAGAAAAGGCAACUUCACAUCCAGAAUUUCAAACAGUCAAAAACCUAGUUUUUCUCUGCUCGUCAAAUGAAAACGCCUCUGAGGACAAGUAGUGGUAAUGUGCUUGUUAACGUCAACAUAAGGAGACAUUCAUUAUCAACUCGGUUAAUGUAUUGAUAAAAACUUUCUCCUUUACCCUUAGGGACAGAGUUCAAAAGGCGCAAAAGAUUUUAGUUCAGUUCAGCUCUAGCAUGUGUUGUCUAGCGAUUUGCCUUGAGCUUCUUUAAAUUUUUCAAUCAAACAAGCUGUGCCCAUUGUACAUAAUCUUGUCUGGGCUCCCUUGAAAAAAUUGCAAUUCAUCAGAUGCCUUCAAGUUCAUCCUCGGCCGCGACAACCUGAUCUAUUUUAAUGGGUGGUUUCAGGAACUAUCCUAUGGCUUGGUCCUUUCUGGUCGGUUACGUUGCCUCGUUGGCAAUAAGUAGCACCAAGAGCCAUUUGGUAGCACUCGAUAGCAUUUAGCGGGGGUCGAACACGAACGGGGCGAAUACAGCUUUUCCCAUCCCAAAACCUGCGACUGUGCUUGCUCGUGUGGUGUUUGUACAGUUGUUCAUGUGACGUGCAAAAAACCUCAAAUUCUCAAUUCCCUGCCUUCACCGGAAUGAGCUGAACCUCAUAAAUCGUGACUAGAUACAAUAGAGUUCUUAACGAAAGGAGAUCUAAUGGUAAAGGCUAAGUGUCCUUAUUUUACGUCGGUAACUUGUAAUAGUAUUAUUUAUUAAACUGAAAAACCUGAGGCCAACGUUGCAUUUAUUUUACCCCCUUCCACCUUUCUCCAUCAGAACUCCGAUUUACGGGUACGGUACCGUUAUUUAAAGCUUUUUAAAGCCACACAGAUAGGAGAAGAAGUCGAAACAAGGACUGAUUUGAGGUCACACCUGGCUAUGGAACUGAUGGACCCACCCGCACGGACAACACAGGAUUUUGUCAAUAAAUUCAAUAGUUAGAGUGUCUAAUCAGAUAUUCAUCAAAGUGCCAAAAGGGCUACAAGAACAACCAGAAAACUGCUUAAAAACUACUGAGUGCACCUACUCUCCAGUCGACUAUCUGUAACGUGGCGUAAGUUUAUAAAAAUAGUCCUUCUUGUAACUUUGUUUUGAGAUGUUGCGAGAGCCAUUAAGGCCUUAAAAACUCAUUUAAACUCUUAACCUUCUCUUUCCUACUUUUCCAUGUUUUCUUUUAUAUGCAAAUUACCUUUUUCUACUUCCUGGAAUUCUACACUAAAAAGUUUCAAGAACGAAGUAAUUCAGGAUGGGUAUUCUUGUUGUUGUUGCUGUUGUUGUUUUAUUUCUUUUCUCACUUCCUCUAUUUAUGGUAGAUGUUUUUUUGUUGUUGUUGUUCUUGUUGUUGUUGUUUUUUUUUACUUGAAUCCCCUGUUCUUCUUUUUAACACCCUCCUUUAAUUAGAACAGCUAAAAAAAAUUUUUUUACCUUACUUUCAAUGUUCUAAAGAACGAAAUAAUAUUAUAGAUGAUCAUAUUUUGUGGUUAGCUAUUUAUCUUCUUUAAUAACAAUUUUUAAAGAGGGUUUAACCCCUCCCCCCGCCCUUUUUUUCCCCCGCCCAUUUCCUUUUUCUUUUAGCUGGGAUAAAUUCGUCCCCAUGCUCCUCUCAUUUUGCAUUAGAACAGCAACUGGCUUUUUAGCUACUUUCAAAGUUUUAAGAACGAAUUAACAUUAUAGAUAAUUAUAUUUUCUGGUUGGCAGUUUAUUAUUUAUUUAUUUAUUUAUUAUUAUUAUUUUUAAAAAGUCAUUUUUAAGUAGGGUAACCCCCUUUUUUCAUCCAUUUUCGUUUUCAUUCAGCUGGGAUAAGUUCGUCCUCAGACUCCUCUCAUUUUGUACGUCAUCAUGCUGACGAUUAACUAUGGCGUGAGCAGCAAAAAAAUUGUUUUUGCUACUGAGAGGAGGAAGAGGAAUUUUUGUCUACUAGCUGAGGAGUUUCCAAGUUUUUUUGCUCGCUAAUUAGUCUGCUGCAGAGGCUAUCCGAAGUAUUUUAGAGUAAGUAAUCAUUUACUUUUUAUUUCCAAGACCUCUCAGUCCUUUCAUGUGUCAAUGCUGCAGGCAUCUUACUACGGCUAUAGCUAAUGGAUCUAUUUGCCCUAGAAACCUGUUUCCCUCGUUUCAAGGCCCUUAACUUUAUAUUAUAUUAUAUUAAAUUAUAUUAUAUUAUAUUAUAUUAUAUUAUAUAUUAACCCUUCAGUUCCUUUUGUUUUAUUUUGCACUGUGUAUUGUGUUGGACGUGGCUGCAUUGCAGUUUGUUGGUCGCUCAAUAUCGGUGUUUUUAACUUUUAACAUUUUACUUUGCACUGUAUAUUUGUGUUGGACGUGGCUGCAUUGCAGUUGUUGGUCGCUCAAUAUUGGUGCUUUUUCUAACUAUUUAACUAUUAACCAAUUUUAUUUGUUUUUAUACCUACAACACUCUCAUUUACACACACCCUCCCUCCCCACCUUACCCACUAUUUAGUGCAGACUUGGGAACCCUUUCAUUAGGGAUUCCAUACCACACCUGUAAUGCCACAAAGGUUGCUAGAGAAACUACUGUUUUUUUUUUUUUUUCAAAGCCAGAGGUAAAAUCAGACUGUUUACACUCGCAGUUUUGUAUUUUCUCUUGUGAUUGUCGGGAGUGAUCACCAAAUUCCAGAGGCCCCAUCCAUUUUUCAUGUGGAGAACGCCGGAAGUCUGUAGAGAGUGUAAAUUAGCCUCCCAAGAUUUAAUUUCCCUCAUCAUCAUGAAAUCUCGACAUCUGUUAGCCUGUCGAAUUCGGCGAUUGAUCACGACAAUCACACGGUAAAAUAGGGAGCUGUAAACAUUCAAAUUAGUGACUUUUAAAACUUGAUUAUAUUUUCCGUUAUUGCUAGUUCCAAAAGUAAUCUAACGGCAUGUUAUUUGGUUGUUUGUUCCAGGCACUAGAACAGUUUGUAAUGCCUCAUCUGCGCACAUACUGGAAUCAGCUACAGCAAGUUCUAGAUGAUACUACCCAAUCGAAUGCUCUUUUGCAAGAUGAAGCCUAUCAAGUUUACGGAGCCCUUCUUGUAAGAAAUGUGACAGCGCUUCUUCAUAUUAUUGGUAGUUACCCAGAAUUAGAAUUAAAUGCGAGCAAAUUUAGCUCGGCAGGGAUUGUAAAAAAGGAGGAAUUAUCUAAUUAGGAGACUGAGCCAACUUAACCUAAUUUGAUAAAGGUAGUGAAAAACUUUCUAUCUUGUUUGCAUACGUUUCAGAUUUUGCUCAUAAAUUGUCAUGCACCUGAAGUAGACUAGUAUUUCUUCUAGUAGUACACGCGUCCGUUCUUGAAGGAGAUCCGGAAAGAAACCUUUUGUCUUUAUCUUAGAGCUGGGUUGUCUUCUGUAAUUUUAGUUCUAUAAUGCAGUUUUAUUUGGCACAACCAUGCACUGACUUAAAAUAACGUGUUCGUUAUUUUCCUUCUUCAGCAGGCCGCUGGAUGCCUUUUGAAAUCCAAACAAUUUGGUGUGCCUAUCUCCUCUAUCGGGUCUCAAGUCAACAACUCGCACCCAUUCCUGCGCAGCAAUCUUUCUCCAUGGGCUGGGACGAGCGUAAUUCAGCGCCCAGCUCCAGUGGGUUCUACGCGAUCGCGGUCCAGUUCGACUAGUCUUGCAUCUAACUCCCUUCAAUUGUACCAACAACUCUACGAGCUGUUUGGAGAUAGUUUAGGCCCCAGAAUUGCACAUAACAACUGGCAAGACGCCGCUGUAACUAAAAACAAUCAGCUGCGGAUGCAACCAUUUGCCCAUGCGUACUUUCCAUUACACCCGCUGGCACGUGAUGCUAACGUGAUCAAAGAAAUAAUAAUCAAAGCGAGAGAGAAGCUACGGCUAGUGAGUCCCCAAACACCGGCGUAAGGAACCAAGAGAAAAAGAACGACCAGCGAGAGCGGAUCAGCUCAUAAGAAUUUAGAGAAACGGGCAGGAACAAAAGCUAAACGCAUUUGCAUGACAUUAAGCCCUGCGCGAGCGAGACUUCAACAAGUCCCAAUGGAUUUAGACCUUGAAGAACCCAAUCCCUCACGAAGCUCCAAGAGGGGCGGUCACAAGGCUUUUUUUGUUUGCCAGGGAUACAAGCACAAGGAGGCCGGAAACAUUCGAAGAGAGCUAUUGUUACCGGACGCAUACGUAGAAAGUUUAGAAGAAUCAACCCUUCUUUGAAUAAUGCGUCGAAGUAUGAUUAUCAUUUAGGUGUAAUAUUAUAGUGUUUCGCUCGCACUUUUUGUUAGAUACCAUUAUUACAGAACAAAGCUAGACUCGACGCUUUUUGGUGAAACAUGUAGUGGUACGUAUCACUGCGGAAGAGAAAAGUGGUAACUUUCUUCACCUCGUUGAGAGCUUUAAAUAUAUUUCUCAAACUCAUAACUAUUUAGUUGGCAUGUUGUUCAAUAAGGUUCCGUCCAAACGCAUCCAGAUAUUUUUGAAAACGGAGAUUUUUUCAUCCGUCUUAGCCUUCCUUCCACACGUCAACGCCGUUUCCGAGCACCAAAAACGCAUUUUUUCGAAAACGGUCCCCAGAGUGGAGUGUUUUUGAAAAUGCCGGUUUGUGGUUUUGUGUGGACAAAGGAAAGCGUAGAUAUUCGAAUAUGAUGAUGUCAUGCAUCAUACAGCGCAUACAAUGUAAGGCGUGAAAUCGUACGUGUAUUUCCAUCGUUUUAACGUUUUCGCGUGGACGGGCGAAAACGAUUCGAGUAUGCUAGAUGUGGAUGCGUAUUUUUCGAAGGCGGAGAAAAAAAUCUCCGUUUCCAAAAAUAACUGGAUACAUGUAAACGAGGCCUAAAUCACGUACUUGGAUCUUUUUACUCGGUAAAAUUCAUCAGUCUGAAAAGGUAACUAAGGGAGGGAUUUGAAUCCAGCCUCAGAGGAAAUACGUUUUAGAGAAUUUUAUCUUCUGAACAUGACGUUUUAUUGAAAACGUUCAGUCUAAUUUGCAUCAGAAAAAGUGAAACAUAGACCCAAAAUCUAUAAAAAAAAUAGUCAGUCUAAAAGAAUCAAAAAGUCGUUGGCCGGUCAAAACGUGUUGUAGUUUUAAAACACAGCACGAAGUUUAUUAACCAGGCCCCAGUUGUUCGAAAGGUGGAUAGCUCUAUCCACCGUAUAAAUCACUAUCCAGUGGAUAGCGUAAUUGGUUUCCCUAAUAGUUAUCCACUGGAUAGAGACUUAUCCGGUGGAUAGCGCUAUCCAGCUUUUGAACAACUGGCCAGAUGCGGUUGUUUGUUGUCCUGCAUUGCAAGAGACGAUAUCUUACCUAGCACUGGUUGAGUGACAAUUUAUCCUUUCCAGUCAGCAAUUCCAUUGAAAUUUUCAUCGCCUUUUAUGUCGAGAUUUAGUGACAAUCCCCUCGAGCAGUUUCCUGUCUUCUUGUCCAGUUUUUGACGGAGGAAAAUUUUCUUUUGAGUAGCGGCAUCCUGAAGGCUUGUAGCUGCUGAACUGUGUUGUCCAGUUUAACAAUUUAUUUGCAUCACUAUAGUUAACUAGCCUUUGUUCUUUGGUUGUUUUCGUUUUGCAUUUUUUAACAACACGCUUUUUGAGAAAACAAUACACAAACCAAUAACAACAGAAAUCAGAGAAAUGCAACACAUCUGGCCCGGGUUGUUCGAACGUUGGAUAGCGCUAUCCACCGGGUAAAUCGCUAUCCAGAAGUUAAGUAUUCGGGAAACCAAUUGCGCUAUCCACCUUUUGAACAACUAGUGCCUGGGACAUAUCUUGAAGCCUUUCAAAACAUUCGCAGCACGUGCUUUGUCAAGUCUGAAAAUUCUAACACUUGGUGUGCGAAUUUUUUUUAACUUGAUAAAACACUACUGUUCGUGUUCAUCUGAUAUUGAGAGAAUCGGUCUACAGGACGUCGCUUCCAAAAAGAGAUCCAAAAACGUCCACUUUUCAGAAUGAAUUAGAGCGAUUUCUAAGUUAAGAUAUCAGUGUAGUUCCAUGAAGGUUCUCACAAGAGAUUAAAGUAAAAACAAAGAAAAAAAUUAAAAAAAGAAAAAAGUGGGCGCAGUCUCUUACGAGAGGUUUUAACUAUAGGGUUAUUACUGGGAAGCUUUUGGUGCUUUGAACAGUUGGAUAAAUGGUCGUGUUCGCUUGCGAAAGAUGGUCGUACAUGGAGGUUCGAUUGUACUCAGAUUUCCCCACACAAAAAUAAACGAGUUUUCACGUAAAAGGUGUCAUUCCUGAAUAACAUUCGUGCAAGGAAAAUUAAAACUCCAUUUUUCACAUCACUUACACCCCGCGAGCAGAGCCUCCUUUUGUCUUCUUGAUCGAGUGAGGAGGAGAAAAGGAGGCUCUUCCUGAAUCGCGUCGUCAAACCUUUGAAGUCGCCGCAGCCCAAAUUUUUCGACUAGCCAAUCUUGUCUUCUGGCGUCAGACCACAGUUUUUUGAGUGCGAGCAUCCCGUUUAUUGAUAAUUCGAUGAUCAUAACUGAGCCGGCUGUACCAAGUGUACGGCUCUUACACCUGGUGUUGAAAGCGCAUGCUUAACAAAGAUUUUAUCCGAGUACGCCAAAAUCCAUCCUCGGAGACCCAGGGGCAGAUAGUGGGGGCGAGGGAAAGUCUAAACGGGCGGAAAAAUAUAUAUGGAACGAAGAAAAGUAAAGAACGGCGAGAAGAGCCCCUGGGAACAAUGUCUUACAAGUUUUCUGGCACCAAUCAGAAGCCAGAACGGCGGCGACCGUUUGGAACUGGUCUGGUAAGACAUUGUCCCCAGGGGCUCUUCUCGCCAUUCUUUACUUUUCUUCGUGCCACAUUUUCCCGCCCGUUUAGACUUUCUCUCGCCCCCACUAUCUGCCCCUGGGUCUCCGAGGAUGGCCAAAAUCAAGCAAGCAGGCAGGAUGUCACACUUAUAGCCAAUAAAAUGUUUUACACCUAAUUCGCGUAAACCUGAUAAAAAAUCACCUACUUCGAUUUCGAGUUUCGACCACUCCUAUUAAAUGAAAAGGAAGAGAAAAAGCUUUCAACUUGACCACUUAGCGAAGAAACUAUUUAACCUUGUGUGCCUAUAGCUGUCAGUGCUUCAACAAGAACAGCGAGAGAAGUUUAACCUUUCAUGAGUUUUCCUCUCAAGACUUUUCGCUAUAAUUACCUUUCCCCCUACCCCUGGCUUGUCACUGGAAUUACGCAGUAAAUUUUACAUUUUAGUCAAGCGUAAACAAAUCGAAAAGGAAGCGAUAUUCUCAUGGCACCAAAAAAUUCCUCAUGCAUUUGGCAGUUCAACACGCGCGAAAUACGAAAUUCAAUUUUUACUUGGAAAGUGUAACCGGGUUACCUAGCAAAGAGAUACGACAUUUUCAGCCCUAAAACUUUCAGAUUGCAGCACGUGUGUAUCAUCAAUACUGCUUAUAAGGGCCAUUUAUAUGAGGAAAAAUAAGACCCGAACUUUUCGUAUAAACGGCACAUUUCGUCUAAAAUAAGACGCGACUUAGCUAAGACGCGUCUUAUUUUAGAACAUCCCUCAACACCUGUUCUUAGAUAAGACGUAUCUUAGCUAAGACGAGAAAAACUUCGUAUAAAUGACCUUAGCGUCUUAUGUCUUGAUUUCCAUUGUCGCGUACUUUUUACGUGCGCACGGGCGUAAAAUUUACGUUUGCAAAUAAAAUAGAGGCAAUGUAUGUAAGGUCGCACGAAAAUGUAAAAGUUAAACCUCGCUCAACUUCACAUUUAAUCUCAACACUUUAUAUCUUGCCUCUUUUUUGUUUACGUGAUUAAAAAAUUACGUGCGUUAAAGAACGUAGCCAAAAACGCGUCAGUGGAAAUCAACGUUAAGACGCGAACGCAUACUACGCAUGCGUUAAGUUUUGGCACGCCAUGUUGGAUUACCGUUGCUACAGGCAACACUUACAUGAAAACGAGUCAAGAACAGAAAUAAGACGCGAACCAUUUAUACGAGCUGUAUUCGUCUUAGAUAAGACAUGCUCGCAUCUUAUUCAAGACGCGUCUUAUUUUUCCUCGUGUAAAUGCUUAUGGCCCUAUAAUUAGUUCACAUAGGAAGAAUCUCCGGUAGACAGCCCUGUUAAAAAGCUUGGAGAUCGCUAUUUAAAGAACAAGCAUCAUUCUAGAUCUUUUUAACUUUAAGUUUUAUUGCUUUUUAUGGAUUAGAAGUCUGUGUGAAACAGUCUCGAGCGCUUUACGCCCUGGUUUCCUGUCAUUUGAGGGCUGCCCAUGGCACAACUCGGUUAUUUGCACCACCCAUACCCAGACAAUUACCAUUUUUCUAAAACAUUUUGGUCUUUGGAACUCUAAACAUGUUCCAGAUUUACAAAUGAUUGAUCGUUGCUGUAGUCACUGAUUUAAUAUUUAGAUGUAUGAUUUUGAAAUAGACGCUUACCUCGAAUAAACGCCCCAUCGGAUACGCUUAGAAUGAGCAAUUCUCUUUUGCUACAAAGAAUCGGAAGAAUGUAACUAGUAAUAGUUGACACUACAGCUGUCCCCGCUCUGUAUAUUGUCGGUCAAUAGCAUUCUUGGUCGUAUUCCAUACAAUAGAUGAGGUAAAAACAGGAAACGCAAGGUUCCAUGCACAGUUUCAGUUCGAUUUACACAGCUUUGAUCAAAACAUUCUCACUUUCGAGAAUAGUUUAUUCGAAACCAUAAGAAAAGAUUUAAUUAGAAGUUGAAUUUUUCGCUAAUUCUCUUUCACAUUUUACAUUCAGUUCAUUUUAUUUGCCGGAAAGUAAGCCUUAGAAAUUGAAAGGACGUUUGAUCAAAUCACGCUCGCACAUUCUAGUCUUAUUUUAAACUUUAUAGCGCAAGGACAUCUGUGGACAGGGAAUGGGUCAGCACAGAUGUGAUUGUCGGCGAAUUUCUGUAAGCGUCCACGUUCUGCUAGUGAUAAGCUAGCCGUUGAUUCACUUGUAAUGUAUUGCUUGUUUGGGGCUGAGUCUUAUUCCGGUCAAAGAGAGAGAAAGAGUGUCUUUCCAAUCAAAGAUUUGUGACCCCGUGUCUUGCAGACUUUCCAAGUGUCUAUAUUUAACAAUUAAUGAAUGACGCUGAGUAUCUUAUGAAGAAUUAUCGAGAUCGAGGAGGGUGUUAUUUCCUGUUUUAAGCUAUUAUUUCGCCUAGUUCUUACUCUUGAAACGAGUGAAAUUUCCGCUAUUUUUGUUUUCAUAACGACCAACUCAACCUCGUCCCCUGGUCUUCUCGGUUAAAGGUGCAUUAACCUGCAAGGAAGCUGCACUUUUGACGUCAUUGGUAGAUUAAACGCAAAAUUCUUCCAAAUUUGGUCAUCAGUAGCUGGUUAUGGUGAAUUAUGCGAGUGCUUUUAGCCAAUCAGAACCGGGGAAAUAUUUUGAAUGAAUAAUAAACACAGUUAUACGCACCUUAUAACUUCAUCUGCGCUAAACGAGUGUCCUUUGGUCCAUAACUUUCAAAACAACUGCUCUACAGAAUGUCACUGAUAACACGUAACGCAAAAGAGUACCGAAGUAUGACUGUACAAUAAAUGUCACAAAAUGUACCUAAGCGGUCCCUACGGGAUUUUCUGUCUUAACGUCAUCGUAACCAUCUCGAGAUUUUUUCUGGCAUACUGACUGUAUAAUUAUUUUAACUGUAAGUACUUCUUUAAUAUACGCGCGAGUUAUCAGAGUGGCUCCUCGGGAUUUCGCCUUCUGGGCCUGCGGGGGCAAUAAAGCCUGGGAAAUCUUGUCAGCGGAAAGCUUCUACGAUUAUGCGCAUUUGUUUCACUUUUUGCCUUUUCGCGGGUUUUCGCGCCGUUGAUGCUCGUAGAUCCUGUGGAAGGCUGACAGAAACCUUUUUUUUUUCUUUCCUGGUUUCUUGUUGACAUUUCGACUGAUAUCAUAAUCAACAUCAUGAUGAAUGAUAUAUCGUGGGGACCAAUUAAGGAAACUGACGUGCAACAGUUUUGCGUGGAAAUGAUGAAACGGCUCGAUGUUCAACGAAGGAACGAUCAUUUCUGUGAUGUAAUUUUAGAAGUUGGCUGUGGUGACGAUCAAGCUCGCUUGAAAGCGCACAGAAUCGUUUUAUGUGCAGCAAGUCCGUUCUUCUACAAUGCUCUUAACAGCGAAAUGAAAGAAAAGAAAGAAGGAGUCAUCAGAUUAGAAAACACAAGCAAAGCUGUGAUGGAGGAAUUGUUAGAUUAUCUGUACACAGGAUAUGUUGACGUCACGCAACACAACGCGUUCGAUCUUCUAGUGGUAGCCGAUUUUUUGGUCAUUCCAUGUCUGAAAGAGACUUCAAGUAACUUUAUCGCACGGACGUUGUCUUCUUCAAACUGUAUUUUGGCAUAUUAUUCGGCUGCUAAGUAUCAGUGCAGAGAAUUGCAAAAGGAAGCGAGAGAUUUUAUCUGUACACACUUUACGAGUGUAAUUGAGCAGGAAGAUUUUUUGAACUUAAGCAAGGAAGAGCUGGAAGAAUGGAUUUCAAGUGAUGAAAUAAGAGUAAGGGGGGAAGAAGACGUUUUCCAGGCUAUUGUCAAGUGGUGUGAAGAAAAAGAGUGCCGCCAACGUGAAAUGUUUUUCGAAUUAUUUCGUAACGUUCGUCUGAUGUACCUGUCACGCAACUAUGUUUUCAAGGAAAUCUUACCUCAUCCUUUGGUGAAAAAUGAUGAAAGAUGCACGUCAGUGGUCUUAGAUGCAAUGGAAGAUGUUUCAUCUGGCUCUGAAGACUGCUAUUUUGCCCAAGCACCAAGAAACUGUCUGAGGAUAGCUGAAGAUUGUCUUGUCAUCUCUAGCAGUAAAAGCACAAUCUCUUACCUUCCCACAGAAGGCAAGUUAUUUAAGCUUGCAGACCAGUCCAGUCAUAGCUUUUCAUAUACCAUGUGUGUUUCUUAUGGCAAACUUUAUGUCAACAAUGCUUUUCAACAGUCAGUUGAGAGAUAUGAUCCAGUGGUGAACUCUUGGUUAUCUGUCACACCUUUAAGUGGUGGUUCAUUGCCACUCCGUAGUGUAGCUGUAGUUAAUUUCCAAGGGUUUUUGUAUGUGAUUGGUGGGAGAAUAGGAGAUGAGCAAGUAAACUGUGUACAUAGGUACAAUUCUGACACAAAUCUAUGGCAGGAAGCUAUGCACAUGAACAUUUCCAGAUCUUCACUGUCUGUUGCAGCUGACAAGGACACUAUGUAUGCAAUUGGAGGCCGGACAAAAGAUCAGUUACUGGAUGUUGCUGAAAGAUUUGACCCCAAAACAAACUCAUGGUGCAGAGUGGCUUCAAUUCUUGAAAAAAAAAGAUACUCUCAUGCUGCUAUUUUAAAGGGUAAAGUGUUUCUAUUUGGCGGCUGUACGAGCCCUCGCGCCUUAAAUGUAACUUCCAGGAAUAUUGAAAUGUACGACCCAAUUACAAAUAUCUGGACAGCCAUUCAGAGUACAUCUGCACCAAAGUGCUUUUUAGGUGCCACAAGUUUUAAGGGAGCCAUUUAUGUUACAGGUUUGUGGAACCAAGAAAGUUCCAAUGUUUAUUGCUUGAGGGUCUAUGAUGUUGACAAGAAUGAGUGGAAGCAUUGUGCAGAUAUUCCUCUUAACUCUCCUCGAGCUGUUUUGGCUCCUCUCAGAAUUUCAAGAGGAAUUUUAAACACUUGUAAAGUUUUGAUUUAA